GGUGUCUGCUUAAUCGACGAGUUUGAUAAGAUGAAUGAUGCUGACAGAACAAGUAUUCAUGAAGCUAUGGAACAACAGACUAUUUCUAUUUCUAAAGCUGGGAUAAACGCAUCGCUCAACGCGAGAUGCGCUGUCAUUGCUGCGGCAAAUCCUAUAAGGGGUCGAUACAACACAUCUAUACCAUUUUCACAAAACGUAGAUUUAACGGAACCUAUUCUGUCCCGUUUCGAUGUUCUUUGUGUUGUCAAAGAUACCGUCGAUCCCAUUACGGAUGAAACGCUUGCAAAUUUUGUGGUCGACAGUCACAUCCGUAGUCAUCCAAGUGAACAAACCAGUGUAGAUAAUUUAUCUCCACAAGACCCAAACAUUAUUUCUCAGGACCUUUUGCGUAAAUAUAUUAUAUAUGCAAAGCAAAUAACGCCGCAGCUUACACAUCUUGACGAAGCGAUGGUUUCAGAGUUAUAUUCUAAUCUAAGGAAAGAGGCCCAGACGGGUGGUAUUCCGAUAACGGUUCGUUAUCUAGAAUCAAUGUUGCGGUUGGCUGAAGCACAUGCUAGAAUGCACCUUCGGGAUCAGACAAAUUCAAACGAUUUAGAUGUGGCAAUAGAUGUGGUGUUGCAAAGUUUCUUUUCUUCCCAAAAAUUCUCAAUUGCGAACAAACUUAGAAAGUAUAUCAAUAAAGCGAAAGACCAACAAGAGUUACUUCUACAUGUGCUUAACUCAUUAGUCAGAGAAAAGAUCCGAAUCCAAAGAGUUGGUAAUGCCAACGCAAGAGAUGUUAAUAUUCGUAUAAGUGUGUCUGAAUUCCAAACGCAGGCUAAGAAUUAUAAUAUUCAUAACAUCGAGCAGUUCCUUCAAAGUGAUGAGUUCACAAAUCAUUUCUUACUGGAUCAAGAACGAGACGUCAUUAUCAAACCGAUUUAG